UGUGCUACACACACACACACACAGACAUCAACACCCAGCAGCGGAGCAAUCUAUAAUAUCAGUACUGUAAUUAUAUUUAAUAUGGCAGAGAACGGGACUAUAGAGAACGGACAGUCAGAGAAAAAAAUCCCAUUCGUUCCUCAUCCCAUUAAAAACCUGGAAGUGAAGCACACAAAGGUUUUUAUUAAUAAUGAGUGGCACGCUUCUGUCAGCGGGCUUACAUUUCCGAUUUACAACCCUGCAACAGGCACGAAAAUCUGCGACGUGGAAGAAGCUGACAAGGCUGAUGUAGAUAAGGCAGUGGAAGCUGCAAAAGCAGCAAACCUCAGGAGCUCUCCAUGGAGGAAGAUGGAUGUGUCGAGUCGAGGGAGACUGUUACACAAGCUGGCAGACCUCAUUGAAAGAGAUCGGGUGGUAUUAGCUACAAUGGAAACGAUGGACACAGGAAAACCAUUCCUCCAUGCGUUUUUUAUUGACCUGGAAGGCUGUAUAAAAACUCUGAGAUACUAUGCAGGCUGGUCUGAUAAAAUACAUGGCAAAACCAUGCCAGUGGAUGACGACUUUGUGUGUUUCACUAAGCACGAACCUGUCGGUGUGUGCGGAGCCAUCAUCCCUUGGAACUUUCCCUUGUUAAUGUUUAUGUGGAAGAUGGCUCCAGCACUGAGCUGUGGGAACACUGUUGUUAUCAAGCCUGCAGAGCAGACGCCUCUAACAGCACUGUACAUGGGUGCUUUAGUGAAGGAAGCUGGUUUCCCCCCUGGUGUGGUGAAUAUAGUCCCAGGAUUUGGACCCACGACAGGUGCAGCCAUUGCUAGCCAUAUGGAUAUUGACAAAGUGGCAUUCACCGGAUCAACCGAGAUUGGGAAACUUGUCAAAGAAGCAGCUGCUAAAAGUAACUUGAAACGAGUGACUCUAGAACUAGGAGGGAAAAAUCCAUGCAUUGUUUAUGCUGAUGCUGACUUGGACCUGGCCAUGGAGGAGGCGCAGCAGGGAGCGUUCUUUAACCAGGGACAGUGCUGCACGGCCGCCUCUCGCAUCUUCGUGGAGGAGCAGAUCUAUGAGGAGUUUGUCAGGCGGAGUGUGGAGCACGCUAGGAAGAGAGUCGUCGGGGAUCCAUUCGAUCCACGAACGUCCCAGGGACCGCAGAUUGACCAGGAGCAGUUCGAUAAGAUCAUGGAGUUGAUUGACAGUGGGAGGCGAGAAGGUGCCAAGCUGGAAUAUGGCGGCUCAGCCAUUGAGGACAGAGGACUAUUCAUACAGCCCACUAUAUUUUCAGGUGUUAAAGACCACAUGCGCAUCGCUAAGGAGGAGAUCUUUGGACCCGUACAGUGUAUAUUUAAGUUUAAAAGCCAAGAGGAAGUCAUUAAGAGAGCGAACAGUACUCAGUAUGGAUUGGCAGCAGCUGUGUUUACAAAAAGCAUGGACAAAGCAUUGAGUGCAGCUUCCGCUUUGGAGUCUGGGACAGUCUGGAUAAACUGCUACAAUGCUCUCCAUGCCCAGGCUCCCUUCGGCGGCUAUAAGAUGUCAGGAAAUGGCAGAGAACUUGGUGAAUAUGCUUUGGCAGAAUACACCGAAGUUAAAGCAGUCACAAUCAAACUUACACAGAAGGAUCACUGAAUAAACAAUGAACAGAGAACUGGAAAACUCCCAAUAUACAGUACAAGUCACUACUGGAGUGGAGAACACAGCGUGCCAGCCUCACAGCUGGUGCUACGGCAGCACAUGUUACUGUAUCAGAACAUCAGCCCUUUAGAGAUAAUCAAGGGAUUUGCUUUAAAACCAUAGUGUUUAAAAGAAUCUUCUAAUAUGUUUUAAAUUUUCGACUCUAAGAAGCUCUUAUUUUAUUUAUUUAGAAAUGGUCUACCUAGGAGGACUGGAGUGCAGCACCUUGUUUCUUAUGGUCCAAUCCUUGAGAUUAAAUGUCUUGAGAAAGCAGCAGGGAAAAGGGUUAUUAAGAGGCUUACUGGGGCAAUAUAAUCAAGGAAGGUGCUGUAAAAUUGUACACACCUUGUGUCUGCUGACAUGUUUAUUUAUUUCUUAGCAGAUGCCCUUAUCCAGGGCGACUUACAAUUGCUACAAGAUAUCACAUUAUUUUUACAUACAAUUACAUUAUUUUUUAUAUACAAUUACCCAUUUAUACAGUUGGUUUUUUUUUACUGGAGCAAUCUAGGUAAAGUACCUUGCUCAAGGGUACAACAGCAGUGUCCCCCACUGGGGAUUGAACCCACAACCCUCCAGUCAAGAAUCCAGAGCCCUAACCACUACUCCACACUGCUGCAUAGUGUCAUAUAACCUUUAGCAAGCCAUUCAAGCCACAAAGGCUUUUUUUGUCCUCCAGCCAGUUUCCCAUUUCUCAAACCGCAGAGAUAUACAUAGCUCUGUGAAUUUAAAAACAUUUACAAGGCAGUUCCUGAUAUUUCACAAAAAAAAUGCUUCAAAGACAUCUGUGGGUUUUGUGUGUUUUUUUUUUUUUUUUUUCCAUGGCUUCUUGAUUAAAAUUCCAAAGCCAUCCAGAAUGUUUUUCUAGUUUAUGGCAGCUGUAAACUGCUUCCCCACUGGCACACUAACCUGCACUGUUGGUUCCAGUCUUCUGACCAAGCCACCACAUUUAUGAAAACAGAAUAAUAAUUUGCUCGAAACAUACCCUUUAAUAGUUGAUCUGUUGUCUGCUUAAUCUCUUGGAAGCGAAGCAUUCUGUGCUUGAUCUGCUGUUUGAUUUCAGAUUCCCAGUACAGGACAAGAUCAAACUUGGAAAUGGCUCUUUAGGACAUUUAUAAAAUAUUUAUAUAUGAAAUGUGAAUUUGUAUUAUUAAAAUUUUGUUUGUUAAUAUAAAAAAAAUGACAAUUAUUUUGGAAGUAUUUGGGUAUGAAUAAACACUUCUCAUUUUAAGAUUACAAUGUAACUUGGUAUGUGGUGUAGUAUACAAUAUAUUUUGUUUCUGUAAACAUUAUAACAUCUCUGUGUAGCCGUUUAGAUUUCCUAACUGGGACAGUAAACAGACCCCAGCAAAAGACCAGCUACAGCUUUUAUAAUCUUAUGGUCUCUGAUUUUAAAAUCAGCCCUUGAUAAUGUAUGCACUGGGUGGGGUGGGGGACUCACACUUCCAUACAUUUAUGGUUCAGCCCAAUCCUACUGUAAAUGAUAUGAAUGAGCCUCUUUGAUUGUUAUGACUCCCUGGUAAUGCAUUGAUGACACAUGUGAAACUAUAUUGGAAAACUUUAAUAACCGUUUGUAAGAUGGUAGUUUAUUAAUUUAUAUAUAUAUAUAUAUAUAUAUAUAUAUAUAUAUAUAUAUAUAUAUAUAUAUAUAUAUAAAUUAGCAUUUAAAACGACUUGUAAAAUAUACAACAAUAAUGUUCUAUUUAAUAGAUCAUUUAAGUGUUUUGUAAAAGAGAUGUCUUUCUUGGUGAAUUGUCUUUUUUUUCUUGAAUAGAUGACAUGUCAAUGUCGUCGAUGUAGGCCAUCAAACCAAUUGUAAUGCUGUUGUAUCAGUUUCAAUAUAGAAUGUAUAAUUGCUAUAAUAUUCUUGAACGUGUAUAAUUAUGCUCUAGUGAUUUCUGACUUUUAAACUAUUUUUGGACUAUUUUAUAUAUUUAAAUAUCCUACAACACCCCUCUUUCUUUUAAAUAAAUAAAAAAU